UUCCCUCCAAUGUUUGAAUGUGUGUGUUUAUUAUGAUUGCUGUGUGUUCAAAAAAACAUUAUAGGCAUAGGUACUUUUCACAAUAGGGCUUCACGUUCUCAUCUGAAAAUGUAUUGUAAAAAUGCGACCCAAGUCUUAGUUAAGCUUUAAAUAGAAUUGGACAUUGCAAUGUUUCAUUGAUAUAUUCGGAGUUUACACGUGAAUUUAAAAAUCAUCGGUACUUUUUCAAAUAAUAAAAAUAUUAACAUAUUUCAUCUCAUCUUAACUGGUCAAAUAGUGAACUUUGAGAAUUUCAUACAUUUGUUUUUAAAUUCUAACACUAGUGUUUUCAUUAAAUUACUCAAAUGUGAAGUAAAUUAAAAAUAUUAUUAGUACGCCACCCAAGUUUUACGUUAUUGGUUGCCGGAGGAAUGUAUGUGCGCUAGUGUACAAUUUAUAAAGUUGUAUAUAUUUAAUUACGGUAUAAUAAAGCAUGCGGGGGGCGAGGCGGCGCGGCGCGCUCUCAUAUUCCGUAUAUUGAUUGUGUGCGAGGGGGCCGGGGCAAGGAGGGGGCCACGGCGUGCCCCACUCUGUUUUUUACGACACGGCUUUCUGUGUAACAUAAUAAGUAUUUAAAAUUUUUGUGAAAUGUUUCGGUGUUAUUUGUGAAAAUUAGGGAAGUCGGAAAAGCGUAAAUAAGAUGCAGGGGAUGGUGAGCGACAAGACGUUCCACCUGAAGUGGAACAACCACCUGCAGAACUUGAGCCAGCUGUUCACGACCAUCUACUCGUCCUCCGCGCUCGCAGACGUCACGCUCUCCUGUCGCGAUGGGACCCUCAAGGCGCACAAGCUCGUUCUCUCAGCUUGCAGCCCUUAUUUCGAACAAAUAUUUAAGGACAACCCAUGUCAGCAUCCAAUCGUUAUACUCAAAGGAAUACCAUUCUCGGAGAUCAACCUCCUUGUGGAAUUCAUGUACAAAGGUUCUGUGGAUGUACAAGAACUGGAUCUCCAGUCCCUGAUGCAUACAGCAUCGGAACUGGAGAUCAGAGGCCUGGCUUAUGAAGCCAGAGAUAAUGCAGCGCAGCUUCUAAAUGUCAACUUGGAGUAUCCAUCAUAUUCGCAGACUGUUACCGCAGUACCUACACAACAAACUUAUACUCAAGCACGCACCGAUGUUGAAAGGCUUAAACAGAUACAUUUGUACCAGCAAUCAAUGAUGCGCGCGGAAGAAAUGCGCAGGCGGCGGCGUGAAGACCCCCCCGGCACCAACACCGCUGUGAACAACAUACUGGCAGCGGCUGCUAGGGAAAUGGAAGAAGCCAGACUGGCAGCUAGGAACACCGAGCGUGUAGUCGCCAGCAUUCAGACUGAGCAAGAAGGGAGCACGGUGACGGAAUCUAAACGUGAAUCAGAAGAGGAACGUCCCAAGAAGCGUGUGUCCAUCCUGUCACCUGAUGAUGACAAGCUGAGAGCCAAGAAGAAGAUGACGGUGCGCUUCCAAGACGAUAGUAAGACUGAUGAACGCCCCAACAAGAUUAUGUCACCGGGCGCAAGUAUAGAUUCGAGGAAUGAAAUGGAGACGAAGCAGGGCGGCAUCAAAGUGGUGCAACUUGCGGUGCUGCAAAAACCCACCAAUAAUGAACAUGAUGAUUCCGAUGAGAAAGCUGGCAAGAUGGGAAUGGAUGAUGACGAGGAAACUGACUCUAGCGGGUCUAUUUCGGACUCCGCCGCCAACGACUCCCAAGACGGCCGACCUCACGUCUGCGAUGUUUGUGACCUCAGGUUCCAGCGUUCGUCGCACUUGUCGCGGCACCGGCUGACGCACACCGGCGAGCGGCCCUUCACCUGCGGCGGCUGCGGCCGCUCCUUCGCGCGCUCCGACAAACUGCGCGUGCAUACUAAGAUCUGCGAACGGGAGGACCCAACAGUGGAUAUGACCAACGAGCUGCCAAACAUCAAGCGCGAGAACAACUCCGAAGUGAUGUCCGGCAUGGUGCGCACCACGCACCGCGAGUCCGGACACCUCGUGUUCACCCCCAGCGGCGACGUGAUGUUGCCCCCGCACGCGCAUUCCGCCCCACAUGCAGCCCCGCAUGCCCCGCACGCCGCCCCCAUGCCCCCGCGCGACGACCUCGAGCCCCCGCGCCGCGGCCGGGGCAGACCCCGCAAGACGCCCCUGCCCCUCACCCCCAAGAUAAAGAAGCGACGCGGACGACCCCCUAAGACUUCGCUUGAUAUGGAAGGUUGCGUGCUGACGGGCGGCACGGUGCUGGGCCCCAGCCCGCAGCAGCUGCCGCAGCUGGCGGCGCCCCAGCAGCUGCUGCUCAAGAAGAAGCGCGGCAGGCCGCCCAAGAACUACCUCCUGCCGCAAGGAGGUAUGGAUAUGGCAAUACCGAUGCAGUACGGACUAGCCGCAGAAAUGAGCAAGUUUUAUGGGCGACCUAACGAGAACUACAAUGCAACCAAUCUACCAUUCGGCGACUUUUCCUAUCUGACGGAGAUGAUGUACAACCCAUUGGCUUACUCAUAUGGGGUGACCAGCGUCGACCCUGACAGGAACGUGGAUGCGGACCACAGCGCCACCACCGAGACCUCGCACGACAGGACCAUUGACGUGUCAGAUUCUUCCUCCGACGACGAGGACAGCUCCCGCAUCGAACCUGAAGAGAACGUACCCCCCGUUGCUAUGGAAACGCAGAUCAUGACGGUCGGAGACUGUCAGAUUGUCAAACUACCGCCUAAUAAUGAGGAGAAAGAUGAUAAAAUGGACAACGGACAGGAGGUGAAUAUACCAUCUUCCACUCCCAGCUCGGUGACCAUCACCCCCAUCACCACAGUGGGUGAUUGCACCAUAAGGCCCGUGGAGAACACAUAAUAUGUACCUUUACUCCUGAUCUACCCCGUUGUUACGCCGAAAGAUAAGAAGUAAAUAAGCGAAAUAUAAAUCCUUCAGUCAAAUUUAUACUCGAAUUUAAUAGAAAAGUGAAAAAAAUAACAAUUUUAACCAAUACAAGGCUUUAAUCAACAAUGACUUCUAUGUAGACUCUCUUAAGCCACAGUUUUGCAAUUUACAUCUUGUUUUGUGUUUUUGAAAUGAACUUGACAUACUAAAUUAUGUGUUUAAAGUUUUUAUUUUGAAAAAAUGCGUUUACAACAUACGUUAGUUUACGUAAGAGCCAUAGAUUUAUUAAAAAUAGAGGAAAAAUAACAUC